CCUGUGCUGUGGACACCGUGGUGCUCCCUUCCAAACACACAUCCUUUGGUGCACUUAGAGACAAUCCUGAAGGGUCAGAGACCAACACGUGUCCACUGAACGAAGUACGCGCGGAGUCACGUUAUCAAGUCGACUACCUCUGCGACCCAACUGCGCUGUACGCCGUGUGGGUCCCAGCUCAACCCACUCACUCUCAGGAAAUGCCUUGCGUCUGCCUUCGAGGCUAUCUGCGCAACCAAUGGGGAGAAUGCAUCUCGCGGGAAGAGUGCAACAUGUGUUCGGACCGACACAACGAAGAGUACCGGAGCUGCGGCCCUACAUGCGAGCUGGUGUGCGACCAACCGCCUCCUGGCUCAAUCGGCCGCGAGCCAUGUGUGUACAGGUGCAAUGCUGGUUGCUUCUGCGUACCCGGGUUUAUCAGGCACGAAGAGGGAGGCGCUUGUGUACCCAUCUCGCGCUGCCCACCAAGGUGCGGUGAGGACGCAACGUACUCGAGGUGCGCUCACAACUGCCCUACAGUGUGUAACCAGACCAUGGCUCGUGCCUGCGACCGCGAUCUGUGCCUAAACGAAGGCUGCGACUGCGACAGCGGAUACCUGCUCAGUCUCGAUGAAACCCAAUGCGUUCCGGAGGAACUCUGUCCCCAUACGGUUUAUUAAAACUGCAACGAGGACAUUCCAGAGAAAACGCC